GCACCGCAGCAGAGUGGGCACCGGUUACUCUGGUGACGUGUAGGUAGCAAUGAUACCAGGAAGUAUGAACUAGGGAAGCGAAAUAGUUUGGGUAAAUUGAAUAUUUUCACUCGUUAUCAAGGAAUAUAAUUUAUUCUGUAGUGAAUAGGUGUAUACUCUAGUUGUGUAACAUAUUACCAGCGGUCUAGUGAGCUACCAUGGGACGACAUGGGGGCGUUGGUUUAGCGGUUUUCGUACUCGUGCUGGUCUUUUGCGAAGCAAGAAGACACAAACUCGCCCUAAAGAAUGACUCUAGAUUUGUGGUUCAUCUCAACACCUUUGGUUUCUUUGCCAACGGAACCCUGGAUGUCAAGGUUCUCUCCCUGAGACUGCCCGAGGACAACAGCAAGCACCCUGUGGGAUUCAGUCUCUCCAAGUCUCGUGUUAAUGGAGUGCUGUCCUACACAGCGGAGGAGACGCAGGUGUGUCCGCUCAGCAAACACAGCGGUGUUGAGCCCCUCUUCCUCUUCCUCAUUGACACCAACAACCUCAGAGUCAAUGUGAGGUCUUAUGGAGACCAGGACAGCGUCUUGACCCAGCUGAAGACAGACAAGACACUCACUAAAGACUCAGGUUCCAGAAGAAGAAGAGCAGCUGUCAAUAACUUGAACGUGACAGUACAGAAGAGUAAUGUGGAGGAAAUGAAAGAUGUAGUGCUGAAAGAGGAGGGGACGAAGGAGGAAAUGAAGAAAGAUGCAGAGCUGAAGGAGGAGGGGACGAAGGAGGAAAAGAAGCCAGAACCCAAGGAGGAAAAAAUGGGGCGGAUCAACGGGCUGACUCUGGAUGUGCAGAAAAUCAAUGGCUCCUACAGCUUCAGCUUUCACAUGGUGAUUGGCCAGUUGGAUGAGGGCCUGUACAACCUUGACUUCCACUACUGCGAGAACAUUCUGCCAGGCAACAACCGCCCCUACACUCUCAACGUGGAGGUGACGGAGAAGAACCCAGGAGGUUACCUGUCAGCAGCAGAGAUCCCUCUCCCUCGUCUCUACAUCUUUAUGGCUGGAGUUUUCUUCAUUAUAGCCAUGGUCUGGGUUUACACUCUGCUGAAGCACAGGUACAGUGUGUUUAAGAUCCACUGGCUGAUGGCAGCUCUGGCCUUCACCAAGUCCAUCUCCCUGGUCUUCCACAGCAUCAACUACCACUUCAUCAACACGGAGGGACACCCCAUAGAAGGAUGGGCUGUCAUGUACUACAUCACCCACCUGUUGAAGGGGGCUCUGCUGUUCAUCACUCUGGCGUUGAUUGGUACUGGCUGGGCCUUCGUUAAAUACAUCCUGUCAGACAAGGAGAAGAAGAUCUUCAUGAUCGUCAUCCCUCUACAGGUUCUGGCCAACGUAGCCUACAUCAUAAUAGAGUCUACAGAGGAGGGCUCCAGUGAGUACGCCCUGUGGAAGGAGGUUCUGUUCCUGGUUGACCUCAUCUGCUGUGGAGCUAUCCUCUUCCCUGUUAUAUGGUCUAUUCGUCACCUACAAGAGGCUUCCAGCACUGAUGGGAAAGCUGCCAUGAACCUGGAGAAACUCAAACUAUUCAGACAUUACUACGUCAUGAUAGUGUGUUAUAUCUACUUCACGAGGAUCAUCGCCAUCCUGCUGAAGGUGACGGUGCCUUUCCAGUGGCAGUGGUGUUACGAGUUCCUAGUGGAGGUGUCGACUCUGAUCUUCUUUGUGUUGACGGGGUAUAAGUUCCGCCCGGCUUCCAACAACCCCUACCUCCAGCUGCCCCUGGAUGAGGAGGACGUGGAGAUGGACGAAGUGGUGACGGAGUCAGGUAUGUUGGAGGGCAUCUCUAAAGUCAAGAAGACAUCUAAUGGUCGCGAGCGCCAGAAAGAGUCUACCUUGUGAGAGUGUUUGUGAAGAGGGGGGGUGUUCUAAACACCCAAAACCCUCAGCGUUGGAGAGAAACGAGGACUGAAAUGGACCAAGACACACCCUUUACCCCUCUCCUAAAACACUCCCCCUCGAUCUGAAACUGGGUGGCUGUUACUAAAGCAACCACCGCCUCGCUAUGCAACAAGACGAACGAUGACAGACUUUAGUUGUCGUUGGACCUUCUCUCUCUCGUUUAUCUGGAGACUUUCUGGAGGCUCUGCACCCCUGCCUGGUGUCAUAAUGGUUCAUUCCAGGGAGAGAACUCUUCCACCCCCCCUCGUCGAUGGACGAAUAGAACGGUCUGGUCUGGGGUAGAAUGGACCUCUAAUGACCCCUCUCUCUCUCUCACUCCCCUUCCCUCUCUCUCCUUUUCUUCUCUCUGGAGAACGGAGGAAGCGACACUCCAAAGAAGAUCGUUUUCCAGAUGUGUGAUCGGUAUAUUUUAUAUCCAGAGUAUCCUGUUCUGUUUUAAUGUGUCCCAACUGGAACCCUGUUCCUGAUGUAGUGCACUACACAGGGUGUGGUUUGGAACCCUGUUCCUGAUGUAGUACACUACACAGGGUGUGGUUUGGAACCCUGUUCCUGAUGUAGUGCACUACACGGGGUGUGGUUUGGAACCCUGUUCCUGGUGUAGUGCACUACACAGGGUGUGGUUUAGAACCCUGUUCCUGAUGCAGUGCACUACACAGGGUGUGGUUUAGAACCCUGUUCCUGAUGCAGUGCACUACACAGGGUGUGGUUUAGAACCCUGUUCCUGAUGCAGUGCACUACACAGGGUGUGGUUUAGAGCCCUGUUCCUGAUGCAGUGCACUACACAGGGUGUGGUUUAGAGCCCUGUUCCUGAUGCAGUGCACUACACAGGGUGUGGUUUAGAGCCCUGUUCCUGAUGCAGUGCACUACACAGGGUGUGGUUUGGAACCCUGUUCCUGGUGUAGUGCACUACACAGGGUGUGGUUUAGAACCCUGUUCCUGAUGCAGUGCACUACACAGGGUGUGGUUUGGAACCCUGUUCCUGGUGUAGUGCACUACACAGGGUGUGGUUUGGAACCCUGUUCUGGUG